CCCGGCUGCUCCGGCGACCGGUCCGGCCUCUGCUCGGGUGGCCGCGCGGUGCCCAGCAUCCCGGGUGUCCGGCUGGAGCUGCGGCGGCGCGGCAGGUGUCCCCCCCUCCCCGCGGCCACCAUGUUCUCGUGCGUCAAGGCCUAUGAGGACCAGAACUACGCGUCGCUGAAGCGUGCCUGCCUGCGCCAGAAGGUGCUCUUUGAGGACCCGCACUUCCCUGCCACCGAUGACUCGCUGUACUACAAGGGGGCUCCGGGUCCCACCGUGAGGUGGAAGCGGCCCAAGGACAUCUGUGAGGACCCCCGCCUCUUUGUGGAUGGCAUCAGCUCCCAUGACCUACACCAGGGCCAGGUGGGCAACUGCUGGUUUGUGGCCGCCUGCUCGUCGCUUGCCUCCCGUGAGUCACUCUGGCAAAAGGUCAUCCCAGACUGGAAGGAACAGGAAUGGGACCCCGAGAAGCCCAACGCUUAUGCUGGCAUCUUCCACUUCCACUUCUGGCGCUUCGGGGAGUGGGUGGAUGUGGUCAUCGAUGACCGCCUGCCCACGGUCAACAACCAGCUCAUCUACUGCCACUCCAACUCCCGCAACGAGUUCUGGUGUGCCCUGGUGGAGAAAGCCUAUGCCAAGCUGGCGGGCUGUUACCAGGCCCUGGAUGGAGGCAACACAGCAGACGCGCUAGUGGACUUCACUGGCGGUGUUUCUGAGCCCAUCGACCUGAUAGAGGGGAACUUUGCCAACGAUGAGGCCAAGAGGAACCAGCUCUUUGAGCGGGUGCUCAAGGUGCACAGCCGGGGUGGCCUCAUCAGCGCCUCCAUCAAGGCUGUGACAGCAGCUGACAUGGAGGCCCGCCUGGCAUGCGGCCUGGUGAAGGGCCAUGCGUAUGCCGUCACCGAUGUGCGUAAGGUACGUCUGGGCCAUGGCCUGCUGGCCUUCUUCAAAUCAGAGAAACUGGACAUGAUUCGUCUGAGGAACCCUUGGGGCGAGCGGGAGUGGAACGGACCCUGGAGUGACACCUCAGAGGAGUGGCAGAAAGUGAGCAAGAGUGAGCGGGAGAAGAUGGGCGUGACCGUGCAAGAUGACGGCGAGUUCUGGAUGACCUUCGAGGACGUGUGCCGGUAUUUCACUGAUGUCAUCAAGUGCCGCCUGCUUAACACCUCCUACCUGAGCAUCCACAAGACGUGGGAGGAAGCUCGGCUGCGUGGCGCCUGGACGCGGCACGAGGACCCCCGGAAGAACCGCAGCGGGGGCUGCAUCAAUCACAAGGACACCUUCUUCCAGAACCCGCAGUACAUCUUCGAGGUCAAGAAGCCGGAAGAUGAGGUACUGAUCUGCAUCCAGCAGCGGCCCAAGCGCUCAACCCGUCAGGAGGGCAAGGGCGAGAACCUGGCCAUCGGCUUUGACAUCUACAAGGUAGAGGAGAACCGCCAGUACCGGCUGCACAGCCUGCAGCAGAAGGCAGCCAGCUCCAUCUACAUCAACUCGCGCAGCGUCUUCCUGCGGACAGACCAGCCCGAGGGCCGCUACGUCAUCAUCCCCACCACGUUCGAGCCGGGCCACACCGGAGAGUUCCUGCUGCGGGUCUUCACCGAUGUGCCCUCCAACUGCCGGGAGUUGUGCCUGGAUGAGCCUCCCCGCACCUGUUGGAGCUCCCUGUGUGGCUAUCCUCAGCAAGUGACCCAGGUCCAUGUUCUGGGGGCUGCUGGCCUCAAGGACUCUCCAACAGGGGCUAACUCGUAUGUGAUCAUCAAGUGUGAGGGGGACAAGGUCCGCUCAGCUAUACAGAAAGGGACUUCAACUCCUGAGUACAAUGUCAAAGGUAUCUUCUACCGCAAGAAGCCCGGCCAGCCCAUCACCGUGCAGAUCUGGAACCACCGAGUUCUGAAGGAUGAGUUCCUGGGUCAGGUGCACCUGAAGGCUGACCCGGAUGACCUCCAGAACCUUCACACCCUCCACCUCCAAGACCGAAGCAGCCGGCAGCCCAGCGACUUGCCUGGCACCAUUGGCGUGUGUGUCCUCAGCAGUGCCUCUCUCACGGCCAUCUGACACCUGCUCACCUGCCUGUGCCCAACAAUUCUCACCACCACCUGCAUGUCCCCACCAGGCCUGGGGCCAGCAUAGGAGCCAGUACUGGGGUCCUUGCCCCCACUCUACACUGACUUACCAAGUGACCUGAGGAGAGCUCUACCCCUCUCUGAGCCUCGGUGUUCUGAGGGCCCCAAGGCAUUCCCUUCCUGUGGGGAAGGCUCUUGCUUGAGGCUGAAACUAGCCCUUCCCACCCAGCUGGCACUGCUGCUAAGGAACUUUAUGUCUUAAGAACCUUAUCCCAGGCCCUUCUAUCUGCUGAGAAGUACCAAGAUGUCACUUGUUUACACACAAACUGACAUGUCCCAAGCCACAUCUCCCCGCACCCAACUCCACAGACGCACUCUUUCCUAGCCUUUUCCUCAUUUUUCCAGGCCCACUGUCGUUAGCACUUACAUGUUUGGGUUAUUUGGGGGGGGCAGGGUCUCCUAGAGCCCAGGCUGGCCUUGAACUUGCUAUGUAGAUGACGAUGACUUUGAACUCUGAGCCUGCUGUCUCCACCAGCUGUGUGUUGGGAUUGCAAACGUACGGUGCAGAGUGUAUGUGGUGCUGGAGAUAGGAACCGAGGGCCUUGUCCGUGCCAGGCAAGCCCUCUGCUAUCUGGGUUUUAGCCGCCUUGAAGAGACUCUUGCUGGGUUCUUGCUGGGGCUGGAAUUAGGCUCUGGCCAAAGACAUUUGUUCACUGUUGAUUCUGUCUUCUUCUACAUCCAUUUAGUCACUUGACAGGGAAUCGCCCUGUAAGGCCAUGAAGCUCCAAUAAGGCUCCACCUUGAUUCCCAGCUCCUAGAGUUAUGGUUAUGAUAGUGAGAAAUUUCUCUCUCCUCCUCCUCAUAUUGGAAGGAGUGGGCCAGGACCAGGCAGCAGACACGGGGAACCAGAGGGGAUGCAUUCCCUGUGCUGUAAGACGCAAGGGUAUUCCUGGGAAAAAGGAGUGUGGGCUGGAGAAACCAGGCUCACAAGGUCAGUUGAGCAUGGCAGGAGAUAAAGACCCUCCCCGCUGACCAGAGGUCCCUCUGCCAACAUUCCCCAAAUAGCCAAGGAGGCUACAGGGCUCUUUUACUUCCUGGACCAAAAUGUACCUUUCUGUGCUCAAUAUUUGAUAUUUCAUUUUUUUAAAAAAAACACCAUUGAAAGGGAAGCCUGACCACACUUACUUCUCGAGCUCCUUUGUUAAUCCUGAUUUUAUUUUGGCUUUGAGUGACAGUGGACAUGGAUGAAGUGGGGCCCUCAGAGUGUCCCUGAAGGAGGAGGGUGGAGAUGAGCGUGCUUGUUCCCAGGCAUCUUUAGACCACCGUAAACUUCGUUUCUGAAGAUGUCUCGUUAAGCUCUGGCACUGUGGCCCACGGAGUUCCCUCUUGUCCCUCUGGGACUUCCAGACCAGGCUCAGUGGGUGAAAAAGUGCAGGCGAGCGAACAAUCGCAAUUCCAGUUGGGAAGCCGAAUCUCCAACUCCCAGACCUUGCCGUAGGAGUCCCUUCCUGGCUGGAGGUGCUGGAUCUGACUGCCACUUUGCUCCACGUCUGGCUGUGCUCCUGGGCCUCAGGAAGGACCAGGCACCGGAAUACAAGGAAAACGGGAUCCCUCCUCGCGAGCUAGGGGCUCUCCCAGAGGCCUGGGCCCAGGACUCUGCAUGCCGUCAGGAGCAAGUCACUUAAACCUCCUGUGCCUCAAUUUCUGCCUCUGCCAAGUGGGGCUAGUGACAAUUUGUCAGCCUCUAACAAGUGCUGAAUAAGGGCAAGGCCACUUCCUCUCCGCGUCUCUGUAUCAUACACUGUCCACGUUCACGUCAUCGCUUCUCAGUGUCUGUUGAAAAUCAAGAAUGCCGCCAGGGGUGGAGGGUGAGCGCCUGGUAUACCAGCUCAGGAGUCGGGGCCCAGCACAUGGGUCUUUGCUCAGCCAUAUCCGCCUGGAGCGCAGGGAGAUCAGGACCCGGUAGUAUUAGCCCUGCCUCCCACCGCCAGCAGAACUGGUCCUGCCUCUCAAACUAGGCCAGGCUGGCUCCUGGCUGUUCAAAGUCCACUGGUUCCCAGGACACUCUGGGGACUGUGAAGGUGAGAAUCAAGGCUAGGUCAGGGAGAGCUGUGGCUCUUUGUUUGCCCUUUAUACCCGGCGGCAUACUCGCCAUUCUCUGUUGCAGGUGGAUAGGGCCUGCAGCCCAGAGCUCCUUGAACUUGGCCUUCCCUCCUCAGGGCCACCAUGCCAUGGGCUUAGGGAAGAGGAGGCCUGUCUUCUUCUCAGAAUAAAUAUUACUGCCAUUCCAAAAAGA